AGUUAAAAACAAUUAUUUCGUACUUUUAUUGAAAUUUGCACUCAACCACCUUGCAGGUGACAUGGACGAACAUGAAAAGCUGUACGAGGAGGCACAAAAGAAAGUGGUGUUGGGUGAAGAACUGAAGCAGGCCUUGGUUGAGUUUGAGGACUUGCCCGGAGUCUCGAAAGUGCAGCGAAAAAUACAGCAAGAGCUGAAAUUCCUAAACAAGGUGAUUGGCACAAAGUCUGUGAGGGAUCACCACAUAACCAGCAGCAACUUUGUAUAUUAUGAAUUUCUCAUUAAAACGCUGCAAACGCAACAAGGAGUCGUCGAUAUAAACGCUGUAUUUCGCCUGGAAUCACGGGAUAGUCCCUUGCGCGUUGACAUUGUGGCCAACAAUGGUCUGAAGUGGGUCAAAGUGAUAGCGAGAAAUUCCAAGUCCGUGGAAGAUGCAGCCAAGGGCUGUGUCAGCAUUGGGGCACGAAGUGUGAUAGAUCAAGCGGAGGACUACCUGGAGGCGAGUUCGCUGCACUUCUGCAUGUUCCAGCGACCCAAGAUUGUAUUUUACUUUUCAAACAAAAUUGAAGACUCCCUCCACGAAGAGCUGCUCGAAAUGGGCGUGCAGACGGCAUCCUUGGAGGCACCCGACAGUGAUGAGGAUCAAUAUGCAACCGCGUCCAAUGAGCUGAAUCUGGAUGUCACCACCAUGUUGGCCUAUGUCAGCGCCCUCACCAAUGGCCACUCGCAUUGGGUGUUCAAGGAGCCGCUGCUCACCGAACAGGCGGAGCGGGAACGAGCGUCGCCACUGAAGCCACAGCUCGAGAAGAUUCUGCAGGGCAAGCAGUUGGUCUGCUGCCAACUGGCCUACGAUGCCUUUCAGAAUAUCUUGACGAUUGUGGGCGGACCAGGCGAGCGGGAACGUGCCGCCGAUUUCCUAAAACGAAUAACCGUCUAUCCCGAUGUGGACAAAAUACCCGAAGAGUUCUCCACCAUACGAUUCACUGCCAAUGUGAAUGAGCGAAGUCUGAAGAUCUUUAGCUUUGGCAUGGCCCGGCAAAUAUUUACAGUAACCUCUAAUAAGGCUUUUGUUCGAUCAGCCAAGAUGCAGGGAACGAACGUGCCUGUUUUCGUACACGCUUCAGUCGCACUUACCGAAGGUAAACAGGCUGCCGGCAAACCACUUUUAGUGCAAUAAAUUAUUUUUUUUUAAAUGCAA